GCAGCUCACACUUUCUUUGUGAAACAUUAAUAUGAAUGACCUCAUUACUCUGGUCUGACUGUGAACUGUCACGAAUAAAUACAGAAGAAUGAGAGCUCAUAAAAGACAAAUGUGUCCUAUUAAAAAGUUUAAAACAGACAAUUAAUGAAAGUAUACGGUAAAUUAAUUCCAAUUAGAAGAAUGAUUUGCAUCUGAGUUUCAUAUUUUGUUUUCUUCUCCCUGCUGAGAGCACUUCACAUUAUUUUUUGGAAAAUAAUUUCAUCAGGCAUUAAAGUGAAGUGUUCACACCUGCAAGAUAUUGCUAUAUACACUUCUAGUAUGUUUUGGGUUGUUUUUUUUUAUAAUAGAGAAUAUUAACUUGAAUUUUAUAUCAAUAGACUUCAAUUUAUCGUAACUUGGUUAUUUUCAUCAUACACUCAUUUGUGCUUUCGCUAUCUUUAACUCAGGGGGGAAAAAAAUCCAUCAUAUUUGCUUUACAGUCAUAAAACAAGUCCAGAGAUCCUCCAUCCUCGACAUGCAUACCAAGAAGAGUCAAACCUCCUUAAAUGUGUCUUCAGUCAGUGUCCAAACCAGCAAACCUGCCCUUUGCCCCAUUUGUUUUUCUGUGGUGCACAUUUUGGCAAGUGAUACCAUCAAGGACACUGGGUGAGAAGGAAAGGUGGGAGGAUGCAAGCCUCAUCCUCCGGAGCUGGACCUGAACAUAACAAGCUCCUGAGAGAGGUCCGAGCUCACAAGGGUUGCAACAGACGGGGAACCAUGUCCACUACGAUUGUGUUGGUUCUGUUCUGGACCAGGCUCGGCGUGGCCUCGCAGGUCUGGCAUGGACAGCAGCCUGCAGGAACAGAGCACAGAUUCACAACGGCAGACUCAGCUUCCACCGUACGUCACCGUACAACCUGCUUUGUGGAUGACUUUGCAGCAGCACUGCAGGAAGCUUCGGAGAAUGACGGUACACUCACAAACAGCAGUUUGUCCCUGUUUGGCUCAUCGGAUCAUUCAGCAGGCUCAGCCUUAUCAGAGCUCACUGAGGAAAUAAGAAACAGGAGGGAAGGCUUGAAGGUUUUGCAUCCAGUUGCAGAGCCUCUCUCAGAGGAAGACGAGCAAGGGACAAUCGCAGUGACAUUUGACUUCCCACAGUCCCCCUUGCUCAGGCUAAAGCCGGUUCUGCUCUUCGUCCUUGAAAGUCCUUUCCCAGGCAGAGACUUGGACAUCACCUUCACCAGUCAUUCGCUGCAGCCUCACACGCAGUCUGCGUGCAUUUCAGAAAGUACACGUUAUAUACUACUGACUGGAAAACCGUCUGAGAGCACUGCUGAGCAGAAAUGGCGGAUUUCUGUUGAUGCAAAAACUCCUGAUAUGAAGCAAAACAUGAGAGACAGCCUUAUUGGUGGAAAAUCAGGAAGUACCACCCGCAUGACGGUGCUUCUGCUUUUUUUAGGAGAAACAGGAUCUGAAACCAGACAUGCCGCUACUCAGACUUCCUUCCUCUGUGCGCUGAGGCGCUUCCUAGAUUGUGUCCUCCCUCAGGAGCUCACCGGGUCCCCCUCAGUCCACCUGGACUCCUUACAGUCCCUGCCUCCCCUGACGCUCGGCUUGUCCUCCAGCGAGACCCUGCUGGCGGGACUCAUCAACUCCUCCGCCCCCACCAUCUUCUCCUUCAAUAAUUGGGCCUCCAAGUUUCCAGCACGUCAAGAACAACUGGCCCUGUCCCCCACGUUGCUGCAAGAGCUUGGCCAGAGGUUGGAGCAGAGUGAGAUGCAAAUACUGGAGUUAAUACGUGAUGGGAAAGUGUCUGACAGUGGCACAGAGAGGCUAAGGAAACUCAAAGAUCUCUGUGGUUUCCAGAGAAAUGAACCAGCAACAGGAGAGAAACAAUACUGUGCAUUUCUUCUGCUGAAAGCCCUCCAGAUGGUCGGUCACACGUAUGACGUGCAGAGCAGGCUGCGGGCCACCAGAGCGGGCCCCAGAAACCCCUCCGGGCCCGUCGUAUGUGGCUUGAAGAGCCUCACUGUGUCCUUUGACAAGCUCUUCUUGGGGCCGACGAAUGCCAACAUCAACAACUGUCACGGCUUGUGUACUUUCCCACUGAUCAAUGGCAACAACCACGCUGUGCUGCUCAACUCCCACACCGAGGACAGCGGCACGGACGAGCGGGCACCGUGCUGCGUGCCCGUCGCCUAUGACCCCCUGGAGGUCGUGGACUGGAAUGACGAAGGCUCCUUUCUGUCCAUUAAGCCAGAUAUGAUAGUAAAGGAGUGUGGAUGUCGAUAAAGCAGUUGCAGAGUAGUUAACGUUUUAUAUUUUCUUUGAUGUAACUCUCACUGAUUAUCACAUUUGUUGAAGAAAAAAGAGAUUAAUUUGUCACUUUAUUGUCACUAUUUUCAUGCAAUAGCUGUUUAGGUAUACUAGUUCAUUUUAGUCAACAUUGGUCUCUUCAGAAUAUGAUUUUACAUUAAUGAUGGGUGAUGCACACGUGUUUCUCAUUUUUUAUUGAGGAUUUUCAAGGUCUUGCUUUUAACAGAAGUGUUUUAUGGAAUAAUAAACCAUAUAAGUUCUAUGUAC